CAGACUUGCACCUCGAAGCCCGAGCCUCGCAUCCAGAUAAGCUUCUCCUCCCCGACAGCAGUGUCUUCUUGCAUUGGCCAUUUCCAGCAUCUCCGCCAAGAUGACGGAGCGUAUACGGUAACCAUCGUCCACUGCUGUUCUCAUGCCCCGUCUAUACUUGCUGGCACCCAUGCUUUUUUUAGUGUAGCGCAGCUCUUCCGCUCAACGAUCCGCGUUUCAUGGCCAUGCCCCGGCCAGCCUCGUCGGCCGAACCUCGCUCCCGGCCGACAUCAUACCAUGAUUCCCCGUCGCCCGAGUUCAACGUCGAUCAUGUUCCGGUCGAGGUGCUCGUCCGCCAUCUCCUCGCCGCCAAGCAAUCGCUCUCGUCCAUGGCCCUCGUCCUCCGCGCCAACGACCUGACAACCCACGCGCGCCAAAUGCACGAGGAGUCGGUCAUUCUCGGCGCGCAGACGGGGUUCCUGCGCCGGCUGAUUGAUGAGGAAGUGGUGGUGUUGAGGAAACUCCGGCGCGGCAUGGGGCGUGCCCUCGACCGCGGCCGCCGCGAGUUCGUCCAGCUCCUCCGCACGCUCGAUGCUGCCAACGAGAAGCUCGAAGGCACGAUGCGCAUGUUGCGGGAGACGAAGGUCGACCCCGUCUUCCGCCCGCCCGGAGAGGAAGCGAAAAACCUGAUGGAUUUCCUAGACGUUAACAGCGUCGAGGCGAUGCGAAACACGCUCAAGGGGAGCGUUGACGAGCUGCAGGCCGCCCAAGAGUCCUUUGACGGCGACAUAUACCGCUUCGAUCACGAUCUCCGCCUGCUCAACAAGACCCUGGCCGCCGCGCCCUCUCCCGACUCACCCGCUUCCUCGACCGCCUACAAGCCGAUCCCGCACCUGCUGGCCACCCUCGUCGAGCACUCGGAAGCCAUGGCGACGCACCUCGCCUCCCUGACGAGCCACUUCGACAUGUGUGUCAAGGCUGUGCGGGCGACCGAGGGCGGCGCCGCCCUCGCCCGGCGGCGCGCGGCCGAGGCCACGCACGACGGCGACCCCGUCUCGAUAUCCGGCGUCAUCACCGAGCAAGAAUCGCACCUCCCGGACCUCGAGCCGAUGGACCCGCAGGAGCUGGCCGAGAUGGUGCAGGUCGUCGUCGGGGACGCGCAGGAGGUGGACGAGGUCGUGGCCGAGAUCCAGGCCGGGCUGCAGCAGAUGGAGCAGAACUUUGGGGCGCUCAAGGAGCAGGCCGACCGGAUCAAGGGCGCCUGGUUCGCCACCCUGGGCGCCUUCCAGGUGCUCGAGGACCUCGGCUCGCGCCUGCAGAGCUACGUGGCUGCCGAGCAGGAGUUUGAGCAGCGCUGGGAGGCCGAGAAGGACAUCAUCUACGGCAAGCUCGAGGAGAUGGACAGCCUGAAGCGCUUCUACGAGGGGUACGCGAGCGCCUACAGCGGCCUGCUGCUCGAGGCCGAGAGGCGGCGGGCGGUGGAGGACAAGAUCCGGAACACGCUGCGCAAGGCCAGGGACAAUGUGAACAACCUCAUCGAGGCGGACCGGAAGCAGCGCGAACACUUCCGGCAGGAGGUGGGCGAGUUCUUGCCCGGCGAUCUCUGGGUCGGUAUGAACAGCCCUCCGAAGAAGUGGGAGCUGGUCCCCGUCGAUGCCGAUGAUGGUGGUCCGUCUGGGUCGCAGGACGGCCUGGCUACGCCCACGGUUGCCAAACCGGGCAAGGGGAAAGCUCCGGUUCGUUAGCCCAACUGAGGCAGGGCGGCGUCUGUUGCCAUUUCUGUUUUUUGGUUUUUUUUUUUUUGGGUGGGGGUGGGGGACCGGUCAAGGUUGGCGGCGUUCUUUUGGAGUAUAUACUCCUGGGGGCAUACCCAAGUGGACGGUUUGGUCCUAGGGAGAAUGGUGUUUAGGCUGUACGUCGUACUUCUCAUUAUAUGUACUAUCUUUUGUAAUACUACUUACACAGCAGCUGUAAAUAUUAUGUCGUUUGACUUAAACUGCGCGUUCGUUGAUGGAUGUAUUCCGUACAGCAGAGUAGCAGCACCACCCCAUAACUCACCGCAGUUCGCCUAACCCGCAG